AUGGGGACACUAUGGCUACCCACAAAGGGGAGACGCCUCUACAGCAUAAAAAUAAUUGACAAGGUGACAAAGAAAAAUGUAAAAAUAUAUGAGCAUUCAUUUUUUGGGAAGAAAGGGAAAGGAAAGAAAUCCAAGGAGGGGUGUCCACACGACAAUGGUGAGAGUACGCUUCAUACUGAUGAAGGACUUACGUGCAUACAGAAUCAAGGGGGAACACCCAUAGUUGGCGUCAAAGGUGAUGUAUGCAAAGUGGGCAGAAGGAAGGCAUCCAUUUUUUAUGAAAGCGAAAGAAUUAUUAAGUGCGAAAGUGGAGCAGGCGGCGACGGAGCCAUCAGUUUCAAGAAGUUUAAACGGAAGGUGCUGGGGCCUCUGGGUAUACCAAAUGGCGGGAAAGGAGGAAAUGGUGGCGAUGUGUACUUACGUUAUUGGGACCCUAAAGGAGGUGGUCCUUUCAUCAGCAAGAGGAAGAGAAGAGGUGAAGAUAAACAUGUCUAUGUUAACAACUUGGCAGAGUUACCCUGCGUUAUUUCGGCUACCAAUGGAGCGAAAGGAAAAGCUAAUCAACUGAGAGGAAAAAAUGGAAUGAGCGUAUUUUUAUAUAUAAACAAAAUGUGUCAUGUGUAUAGACUCUUUCCACGUGAGGUCGAAGAAUCUACAUGUACAGAGGUCGCACAGUUCGAAUGUACAGAUGAAUCUUUGCACAUCUUAAGCAGACACACAUACGAUGCAAAGAGAUUUUCUUUGGAUGGUGAACAGAGGGAUGUACUAAUGAUGGGAAGGAACAACGAAUUAACGAACCCCCAUGUGAAGGGAGAUGAAAAAAAAUUACUCAGUUACAAAUCCCAAUACGAAGACAAAGUCUACAAAGUGAUAAAAAGAGAAGACCCCAUUUAUGUAAAAAAAAAUAUGCACAUAUUAAAACAUCUAAUCAGGAUGGACAAAGAAGUGGGAAGAGAAAUAUACAUCGGGAUGUUAAGUCCAUUUAACAAUUCACUUUUACUCUCCAAAGGAGGAGAAGGAGGUAAAGGGAAUAACAUGCAAGAUACCUACACUUAUGGGAAAGGAGCAAAAGGAACUACUUCAUACAUAAAAAUCGUUUAUCGAUGCAUUAGUGAUACUUGCUUUUUAGGGUUUCCCGGGUCGGGUAAAUCCACUCUGCUCUCCUUAAUCGCGCCGAAAAUACACACGGUGAAUAACUUGUAUGUACUGAAAAAGAUUUUCUUCACAGAUAACUUCCAGGUGUCCGUGGCGGACUUCGCUGGCGAUUGGACAGAGAGUGGAACGGGCAUACAUGAUGCAGGCGGCAUAUCGGAUGGAGGAUGCGUAACAGAUGGAGGAUGCAUAACAGAUGGAGGAUGCAUAACAGAUGGAAAUAGCAUGACAGAUGGAGAAGGCAUAUCAGGUGGAAGUAACAAAGCAGAGCAGAGCCCCCCCUUCCGCAUCAGCCCCAACGUGGCUCACCACUUGGAACUCGUCCACCUCCUCGUCAUCGUCCUGGACAUGCAUCGCGAGCUGAUGCCCCAGUUUCGAGCCAUUAGGGAGGAACUGCGCCGGAAGGACGAGCGCCUAUUCCACAAGCCAUACAUGGUUGCCAUAAACAAGUGCGAUGUCCACUUCACGGAGAAGAUUAAGCGGGCGGAGGAAGCCUACCAGGAGAUAAAAGCCUAUGGUGGGGACGACGUUCCCAUAUUCUUCAUCAGUGCCAAAUACGCAAUGGGGAUUGACAAAUUCGUUACACAGCUUCGGAUGUGUGUGCAAAAGUUGAAACAGGCCAAAUGUUGA